AAACAACUAAAGCUGUGACGGAUGCUUCUUGUUUUUCUGCGGAGCGUGGAGAUUUUCUGCAGGCUGCACAUUCCUCGCAUGCCCACAUCUCGCAUGAGCAGAGGAGGACGAGGGAGGAGUUAGCUUCGUGUAAACUCGGGCAUAUAUGUCCGGCUUUCCAAACACAUUUUCCCUGGAGCGGCGACGAGGCGAGAAGAGGACGGAGGAACUCCACCUGACCACACGGGGAAAGUCUCGUGUUGGAUCGCAAGGAAGGCGCGAUUGGAUGUGGCAGCAGGAGCAGCUCCUGUAUUGUACCCUGCACAGUAAACACCCAUCUCAUUAUCUAAACACAAAGGGGCAGGAUGUGGCUGACUCUCCUCUACGGCUGCGCCGGCGGGGCCGCUCUGCUGUACGCGCUCUACAGAUGGGUGAUCCCGUCCGUCGUGCAGUACCACGCGGGUCUCGCGCUCGUUUGGCACGACACCAUCGUGGAGGGAUUGCUGAACGCCCUGACCCAGACCACGCGUCCUCAGCGAAUGUUGGCUGCAGUGCAGAAGAACGCCACUAGAGGGGACCCUCGCAGCGUGGUGAAAGCCAUCGAUCAGUUCUGCAGACAGAAGGAGUGGGCUAUGAAUGUGGGAGAUGAGAAAGGGUGCAUCCUGGACUCCGUGGUGACUGAAGUGAACCCGGCGACGGUGCUGGAGCUGGGAACCUACUGCGGCUACUCCACCGUGCGCAUCGCCAGCCUGCUGCCGCCUGACGCCAAGCUCAUCACCCUGGAGUUCAACCCACACAACGCCGCCAUAGCUCGCCAGGUGAUCGCUUGGGCAGGAUUGGGAGACAAGAUCCAGUUAGUGGAAGGGGCAUCUGGUGACUGGAUCCCCAAAAUGAAGGAGAAGUUUGGGAUAGAAACGUUUGAUUUGGUUUUCUUGGAUCACUGGAAAGAUCGCUACCUUCCCGACACAAAGCUGAUGGAGGAGUGCGGUCUCCUCAGGAAAGGCAGCAUCCUAUUGGCAGAUAACGUCAUCUCCCCAGGAACGCCCGACUACCUGGAGUACAUUCGCAACAGCCCCCGGUAUAAAAGCCAGUACUUCAGAUCUCACCUGGAGUACACCAAAGCGGAAGAUGGUUUGGAGAAAUCGGUUUUCUUAGGGUAGAUCUUCGGCAGAAGAGCCUCAAACGCACAUUUCAGAAUCAUCCAGAGAACAAGAAAUCCCGUCUCUUUUUCUAAUGUAACGAAGACAUCAACUUGAAAAUAAAAGUAACAUGAAAUACAAAUGUAACGUUGCGUUCUUAUGCUAUUGCUCCUGCCGUGACGUUUUCACAUAUUGUCGUGUCUUAAUUGCAGUUUUCAUUGUAUGUUUGUUGGGAUUUUUUUUUAACAUGACAGAACAAUAAUUUUGUUCCACGAGCCAUUUGGGAACUAAGAAAGAUGUUGCCUUAGAAAAUAACAAAAUGGAGAUUUUUUUUAAUGUCAAUAUGCAAAAUACUUCAUUAGCAGAGAACUGAUAGUUUUCACAUGGAGGGGGUUGCGCUGUUCAUGUUGCGCUGGUGGUGGUGGAGGGGUUUGGUUCUUUCUUUUUCAUCAAAUCUGCUUAAAGUUCAUUCAGAGCAAUUUGAUAUGAAUUCUCUGAAUUGCCAAACCUUUCAAAAAUCCUAUUUGUAAAUCAUUUUAAAAAGCGUCUAUUUAUCUUCCUCGUUUAUCUCUCAUGCUGCAUGGAGCGUUGGUGUCUCCUGGGCCGGUAGGGCUGCAGCCCAGGGCGCCAUGUUUUACUUUUCUUGGGGGCGAAGGGGCUGAUUUUGUAAUGUUUUUUUUUUCUUUUGCAAACUUUGUAGCUUAUAUAAAACUUAUAGGCCUGUA